UGUGUGCUGGAUGCUGCUUUGUGUGGACACUGGAUGCUGUCUUGAAUACAAAAGGACAUUUUCGCAGGUUGGACAGACGCGCAUGCUGUGCCUCUGCAGGACUCUCAUUGUUAUGCUGCGAACAGCAGAUAUGAGGGCCUGCUUGUUUUUCAUUUAUUUACUGGCAGCGACUUUUGCCCUAUCUGUAAAAAGUACAGCUCAUGGUAAACAACAUGCACACCAGAAGACCUUUAACACAGCUAAAGAAAAGGAUGUCAUCACAGAAGAGGCCAUAAAGUCACAGAUUUUGCCCACUUUAUCCCCAUAUGAAUCCAGCAGCCAGGAGCAGGACGAUGAAGAAAUGAGCUCCGAAGAGAACUCUAAUCCUAAGAAGGAUGACGAAGGGGUGGUUGARAAGAAAAUGGAAAGCACUGCAGUCUUGUUGAGUGAGGAAGAACUGGUAGACCUCCUUGAUAAAGAGGCAAAAGAAGAGGAUGAAGAAGGAGAAGGGGAGGAUGAUGGAGCAGAGGCCCCCACUGAUGUGGGCGUCACCGAGGAUGAAAAAAAACUUAAGCAGGACAAGAUGCUGACUGACAGCUUGGAAGCAGAGAAAGAUGUGAAAGAUCAGGAGGAAGUGAGGGGUAAUAUUGAAGAAGUUGAAAUAGAGGAGAGGAUCAAGAAGCCUGCUGGCAUGAUGACCAGCAGAAUUGAGCUGGUUGGACCAUUGGAGGGCAGCACAGAAUCAGAACUUCCUGUUGAUCUUGAUUAUGCUGCUGAUGGUGAAAUCCUCCAACCUCUGCAGAGAAAUUCAACUAAAGUCAACCCCUCUGCUGAUGACUCUCUGUCUGAUCCAAACAAGGAUCUCCCAGGUGUUAAAAUGAAGGAAGGCAGUGAAAAAGAGCAGCUUAGUCCUGCUGCUGAUGAGUCAGACAUGGAAAGCUCUGAGGCAGGAGUCCAAAAAGAUAUGCCAGAUCAGCACAGAAAUUCAUCACUCAAAUCGGAAGAAAAAAUSCUCAAGAAAACAUCUGAUAGAAAUGAGGAUCCGCAGGAACUAAAGGGCAGCGGAGAACUUAAAUCAGUUUCCCAAAUGUCAGAAAAAGAAGCAGAGAAGAGAAAGAAUGAGAUUGGAACUCCGAACAAGAGAAAGACAAGGAAGUCAAAGAAAAACCAGAGAUCCAAGAAGCACUCUCCUCAGAGGAAUGAAACACUUCCUGCACAAGAACAGAACCACCAAGAUCCUCAGGAGUCUGAAGGCAGCAGCACUGAGAGUACAGCACCAAAGGCAAAGAAGAGACGGGCUGGAAAAUGGGGUGCGUUAGUAGGCGUGAAUCCUGUACAGAUUAGAGCUUCAGUGGAUUUGUAUCCCAGUUCCAGGUCCGCUUUUGGCAGAGACGAACAUCUCAUAAAGACUCUGACAGAUCCGUGUGACAAUUUCCGUUGUAAGCGUGGAAAAACCUGUAAACUCGACGCAGAUGGGAAGCCAGGUUGUGUGUGUCAACAACCAUCAGAAUGUCCACCCAGCAUUAACGAGUUUGAUCAUGUUUGUGGGACAGACAACAAAACGUACGACACGUCAUGUGAGCUCUUUGCUACCAAAUGCAACUUGGAGGGCACCAAGCGAGGCCACAAACUUCAUUUGGACUACACUGGCCCAUGCAAAUUGUUACUUCCAUGUGUGGAAAACGAGCUGGUCCAGUUUCCUCUUCGAAUGAGGGACUGGCUGAAAAAUGUGCUGCUGCAGCUUUAUGAGCAUGACUCUAUGAACCCUGGAUUCCUCACCCCGAAACAACGAUUUAGAGUGAAGAAAAUCUUUGAGAAUGAGAGGCGCCUUCAUGCUGGAGAUCACCCAGUUGAGCUUCUUGCACAGGACUUUGAGAAGAACUACAACAUGUACAUCUAUCCGGUGCACUGGCAGUUUGCUCAGCUGGACCAACAUCCAUCUGACAGGUUCUUGUCUCACUCAGAGUUGGCCCCGCUCAGGGUCCCUCUGGUGCCGAUGGAGCAUUGCACCUCUCUUUUUUUCCAGGAGUGUGAUGCUGACAAGGACAAACAGGUGUCCUUUAAAGAGUGGACCUCAUGCUUUGGUAUCAAAGACGACGAUAUGGACGUCAACCUGCUCUUUUGAGAUUCACCUUGUUCCUAAUCUCCUACACAAGCGUUGGGAAACCUAUAAUAGAAGCCUUCAUAAAUAAUCUUUUUUUUUCACACAAAUCACAAUACAAGUUCAGAAACUAACUGUGCCUCCUGCUAUAACAGACAAGUGUUAUCAGUCCGGUUAUCUUGUGCUAGAUCAAUCUUUAGCUUUUAAAUGAGAGAUUUGUGACUCUGAUUUAAUAAGUAGAAUUGUUUACUAGAAUAAUAUACUUUUAGCCAGUUUUAAUAAUGUAUUUCAUACUGAGGUAAAAGUCUACAACAAAUUAAUAAAGACUAUGUUGUAAAAUUUGCAAUAUUUAGAACAAUGUAUCUAUUAGUUUAUAAAUCAUAUAAUUUUAUGUUAUUUCAAAUCCUUGUGUUUUUCCACUGAUCUAAAUCAGUAACUGUGUUUCUUGUAUCAAAUGCUUAACAUGUCGACUCAUUUUACAUUUUUUUUAAAAUCCAUGUCAAAGAACUUUAAAUUGUAACAAAAGAUARCUCUGUGCACCCUGUUGUUGAUGAAAAACUGAUUUUUUUAUGUUGUCAAAUAAAGUCAAGACAUUAUUUUCCCCAUUGGACACCAAAAUAACKUUGGAAACUUUAUUUUGUUGUGUUUUUUUAAGUUCCUGAGCACCUUUAUGACUUGAAUACAUGCCCGUUGCAACAAUAGGUAUGAAAAUGCAAGUCACUCACGUGUGGUUUGGGUUGGCCACUUGAUCCUGAAUAAUGGGCCUCUGUAAGACAACAAUAGCUKGCAGCCAAGUCAUGAUGAUUACAGUGACUUGUUGUUUUCAGAUAAAGUGUAGGAUUGUGAUUGGACGUUUCUGCUCGAUCACUGAAGUGGACUCUCUGUAUAUAAGUGCAGAAUGAGGCGGCUGUUCACCUACUGACCUUCUGCUGUCACUGAAAUAAAACAUGUACUGCAUACUGUGGGUUAUUUUUCAGGCUCUGGCUCUUGUGGUGGAGGGUGGCGUGUCUUCAGGGAGUGCUGAGGCUCUUCUCAAAGGGGGAGCCAAAAAUAAUGGAGGUGGAGGAGGAGCAGCAGGGGCUGCCGGUAACGUUGCCAAUGCUGGGGCUCUGAAUGGAGUUCCGCUGGCCGGAGGGGCCGUGGUGGCACGCUUGGUGCAACUUGGCGGGUCGUUGUUUAUCCAGCCAGUGGGGAACCCUGUGGGYCAGGCUCCGGCUCAGCAGUUGAUUCCCCUUUCGGCUUUUCUUUUGGGGCAGGCAGGUGGAGCCACGGGGAAUCUGCAGGGGCAGAUGGCCCAGCAAGCUGGAGGUGGGCAAGUGAUGCUGCUCAGUGUCGUGCCCCAGAAUAAUGCUGGAGUGGCCCCUCAGCCUCCCAUGCUGUCUCCAGGCCAAGUGCAGCUGAUCCCCAUUGCUGGGCCAAAUAAUCAACAACAGCUGGGUGUUGCUGGCGGUGCUGGGAAUGCAAGAGGAAUACUGAGGUUCCAGCGUUCAGUGGCAGCUCGUCUCAGGAGGACACAGUCUCCACUAACGAAAGCUGCAGCUGCUCAAGAGGAGGAAGAAUGCUCUGGGAUGGACACCGAGGAAAACAACUGAGAAGAUACGACGCAGUCGUGACAGAUGAUUUAUUCCACCUCCCUACUCAAAGACCCUGCCUCGUAGUACUUUCCAGACUUUAGUCUCAGUCAAACAUUGUCAUUCUGACUAAUAAUCAAUAAAUGAUUGAAUUUG